AUGUCUACAAAGGAGAACGCAGGAGAAAGCUCCAAGGGGUCCGUUCGCCGUGAGGAUGGAGAUGAGUGUGGGUUUUACCUUGUUUGGAGGUGGGAAGUACAGCCUUUCAAACCAGAGGACAACAAAGGUGGCACAUUUGCAGAGGAGUCAUCAUUUGCAACUUUGUUUCCAAGAAACCGGGAGAAGUACCUGCAAGACAUCUGGGAAGGCGUAACGAGGGCCCUUAAGCCGCAUGGCAUCAAAGCCGAACUUGAUCUUAUCAAUGGCUCGAUGUCGGUUCGUACGACGCGGAAAACAUACGACCCCUAUAUCAUACUGAAAGCGAGGGAUAUGAUAAAACUUAUGGCCCGUGGGAUUUCCCUUGGUCAAGCCGUGAAAAUACUAAACGAUGGGGUUGCUUGCGAUGUGAUCAAGAUAGGGAAUAUUUUACGGAACAGGGAACGUUUCGUAAAGCGGCGGCAAAGGAUCAUGGGCCCGGAUGGAAGUACACUCAAAGCAAUCGAACUGCUUACAAAAUGCUACGUCUUCGUUCAGGGGAACACCGUGAGCGCAAUGGGACCAUACUCAGGGUUGAGAGAAGUACGACGCAUCGUCAUUGAUUGCAUGAAUAAUAUUCAUCCAAUCUACCGAAUCAAGGAGCUUAUGAUUCGACGUGAACUAGCUCAAGAUCCUAAAUUAGCUAAUGAAUCGUGGGAUCGAUUCCUUCCCACUUACAACAAACGUCGCCUCACGACUGCAGAGAAGAGUGCCAAAAAGCGAGCAGCGGCAGACAGGAAAGCUAGGAUCCAGGCAGAAGUCCAAGCCAAUGCACUGGCGUACCCAGGACCGUCCAGAUUGGACGGGACGGCUGCUUUCCCACCUCCAUCCGAGGCAUCCAACAAUAAACUCAAGAAGAAAGCAUAUACACCCUUCCCUCCGCCUCAGUUGCCUCGAAAGAUUGAUAUCGAACUUGAAACCGGAGAGUACUUCUUGAAGCAGCAUGAAAAGAAGGCUCGCCGUUUUGCCGAAAAACGGGACAAGCAAGCUGAAGCCACCGCCGAACGAAAAGCCAAGAGGAUUGAGGCUUUCGUCCCUCCAGUUGAAGCUGCUCAUGAGACUGUUGAACAGAAGCUCUCCAGAAAGCGAAAGUACAACAAUACAGAACAAAAUACUCAAACCAAUGGAGAGAAGAAGAGGAAAGUGUGA